UUCUGAAUACCAAUACCGCAAUACACACACAGUCUCUCUCUCUCUCUCGACCUGGUAGAAGUGAUCGAAAAUCCUAAGCAGAUCAAACAUGAAAAUCAAGACGCCAUUGAAGCAACUCAAGCUCUCCGUCCCAGCUCAAGAAACCCCAAUCACUUCCUUCCUGACUGCAAGUGGUACAUUUCAUGAUGGUGAUCUACUCUUAAACCUGAAAGGGUUGCGGCUCAUCUCUGAAGAAAAGGAGUCCCGCCCUGCUGACAGUAAGGAGCUAGAAUUUGAAUUCUCGUUGGAGGAUUUUGAGACUAUCAAAGUUGUUGGAAAGGGAAGUGGUGGCGUAGUACAACUUGUUCGCCAUAAAUGGAUUGGAAAGUUAUUUGCCUUGAAGGUUAUCCAGAUGAACAUACAAGAAGAUAUCCGUAAGCAGAUUGUGCAGGAGCUGAAAAUAAACCAAGCAGCUCAAUGUUCAAAUGUCGUAGUUUGCUACCAUUCUUUCUAUCACAAUGAAGCCUUUUCUCUUGUGUUAGAAUACAUGGAUCGUGGAUCUCUUGCGGAUGUGAUCAGACAAGUGAAAACAAUUCUUGAACCAUAUCUUGCAGUUGUCUGUAAGCAGGUUUUACAAGGCCUUGUAUACUUGCACUAUGAAAGACAUGUAAUACAUAGGGACAUCAAACCAUCCAAUUUGCUGGUUAACCACAAAGGGGAGGUCAAGAUUACUGAUUUUGGAGUGAGUGCGAUGCUAGCUAGCACUAUGGGCCAAAGGGAUACGUUUGUUGGAACUUAUAAUUACAUGUCGCCGGAGAGAAUUAGUGGGAGUACUUAUGAUUAUAGCUGUGAUAUCUGGAGUUUGGGCAUGGUUGUCCUCGAGUGUGCAAUAGGACGGUUUCCUUAUAUGCAAUCUGAAGAUCACCAAACCUGGCCAAGCUUUUAUGAGCUUUUGGAAGCAAUUGUGGAAAGCCCAUCACCUUCUGCCCCAGCAGAUCAGUUCUCCCCAGAAUUCUGUUCAUUUGUCUCAGCGUGCAUACAAAAGAAUCCCCGAGACAGAUCAUCAUCUUUGGAUCUUUUGAGUCAUCCUUUUAUCAAAAAGUUUGAAGACAAAGACAUUGAUCUGGGCAUUCUUGUAGGCAGCUUGGAACCUCCUGUAAAUUUCCCUCGAUAGUUUGUUUACCCUGUCAUAUUAUAUAUUUGCAGUGUAAAAUGUAUUAUUAAGUCAUCAGUUUUUGUCAAACAUAUGAUGGAUUUUCAUGAAGCAGUUUGAACAUAUGAUCCAUAAAGCUCCUUUUGACAUAUUAAGGUUUGAUAUUCACUUUGUGAUUGAUUAGC